AUGGCGGAUUAUUUUGUCGAAGACCCGAAAUACAACGGAGAUAUUUUUCGGCAUAGGUUCCGCAUGUCGAAAUGUUUGUUUCAAAAAAUUGUGAGCGACGUGGAAGCGAACGACUCGUGGUUUCAAGAGGCCUUCGAUGCGCAUGGUAGGAAGGGCUUUACAUCGUUGCAAAAGGUUACAUCGGCUAUUAAACAACUCGCAACUGGUAGCACUCCAGACGAGAACAACGAGUACUUGCAUAUGGCCGAAAGAACUUCCCGUUCACAAAACGAUAUCAAUGUACUACAACAAUCUCCGUUAUUUUUAACGAAACAAAAUAGAACCGUUCCUAAAUGUCCAUUUUACGUUAAUAACCAUUUAUACAAACGUGGUUAUUUGCUCGUGGAUGGAAUCUACCCAACAUGGUCCGUGUUUGUGAAAUCGAUCCCAUGCCCUCACGAAGUAGACGAAAAGAAGUUCAAGAGGCAACACGGGGCUGCAAGAAAAGACGUCGAACAUGCUUUUGGUGUUUUAAAGUCGAAAUGGGGUGUAUUGAGUCGGCCAAUGCGAGCAAGUAGCGUUAGAAAAAUUAGGAAUGUUGUGUACACAUGUAUUAUUUUACACAACAUGAUUUUAAAAGACGACGGAAACGCGAUAGCACCGGUACAAAUUUGGGAUCCUCUGGUCGAGCCCGCUCUAGACGAUACGGUGUUGGACGAGCUGAUGGAUGAAGACACACAUUAG